AUGGCAAAUUCCAAGUAUACAUAUGUCAGAGAUUUUGAGGAAGAUACAACCUUGCUAAACGAAUGCUGGACAGUUAUACGCGUAGAUGGGAGAUCUUUUGGAGUUUUCAGUGAUAAACAUAACUUCAGGAAACCGAAUGAACCGAAAGCUCUUGCUCUUAUAAACACGGCCGCAGUAUAUUUAAUGUCGAAGUUCGACGACAUAAUUUUAGCUUAUGGUCACUCUGAUGAAUAUAGGUAUUUAAACCAAUUCAUAUGUUUAAUCCACUUUAGCUUCCUGCUGAAACGAAGCACAAGAUUGUAUAAUAGAAGGAAACAAAAAAUACUAUCGUCAAUUGUUUCAACAUUUUCCUCUGCAUAUUGUCACUUUUGGAACUUGUUUUUCCCAGACCAGCCUUUGCUCUCAGUUCCAUCCUUCGAUGGAAGAAUCGUUUUGUAUCCUACAUAUCAAACCGUAGUAGACUACUUCUCUUGGCGGCACGUUGACUGCCACAUCAACAAUCAAUAUAACACUUGCUUCUGGUGCUUAGUUUUGGACGGAAAGUCAAACACUGAGGCGUAUGACUGGUUAAAGGGGACCACAAAAGUGGAAAAGAAUGAGUACAUUUUUUCGUCACGUGGACUCAAUUACAACAACCUUCCUAACAUAUUUAAGAAGGGGACGACUUUAAUUAAAUGUAAUAACAGUACACCUGAAAUUGAAUCUAAUCUUAAUGAUUUGAAAGCCAAUGACGUGGAAUGUGUACCAGACGCAAAUAUGGUAGACAGUUCCAGGAGAAUUUCAUUGACAGUCGAUUCUUCAGAAAUUGAAAACCUGGAAACAAUAGUGAAAAACACUGCACUCAAACACAAUAUACUAGUUCUUCACUGCGACGUUGUUAAAGAUUCCUUCUGGAAGUUCGCCGGUCCAAUUGUUUUUGCCCUAACAGGUCCUUUGAGCUGUCGGAACGCCAUGUUCAGAUCCAUCAGUACCGCCGUCAUCUCCGAGGCGCACAUAAGCUCAAGCAAGGAGCCUGACGGCUCCAAAUUUACCAACGGCACCAAGUCCACGCUCGAAGGCACUAUCUUGGACGUGAAUACUUACACAGGGCCAUCCGCCAAGUCGUCCAGCCAAAGAAGAGGCCAAAUUAGAAAAAGGAGGUCGAACAGCGCCCCGAACAGACCGUUCGAGGACGCCGUCGUGACGACCAAAGUGGACGAAAUCACAAAAAAUUACUCUGGAAGGCAAGUUUGGAAUGACACAUGA